AAUCGAGUAAAUAUAUCUGUAUAAUUUGCUAAUAAUGACUAUUAGACACGUAUUAGAAAUUUAUUUCGGUUGUGAUAAGUUUCAAUUAGAAAGACGUUUGAAUUAUAUGCAGAAAGUUUUACGUUUCAAAGUGAACUGUUAGAGUGAUGUGUUUGUAAGAUGUUGGCUAGGACACCAAACAACGCGUUGGUUGUUAUGUAGUAGUCUGUGGUGUGAAUGUACCAUGAGAAAUGUUUUAUUGGUGUAUGAGUAGUAAUACUUAUUACUGUAAAAUUAAAUAUGACUGAAGCAGAUAUGUUAUACGGGACAUCUUUGUCCCUAGAAUCAAUUAAAGUGAUAGCAGAAAGUGUAGGUGUCGGAAAUCUUCCAGAUGAAGCCGCCAAGCAGUUGGCCGAUGACGUUUCGUAUAGGCUGAAACAAAUUGUACAGGAUGCAGCAAAGUUUAUGCAUCAUGCUAAAAGAAUGAAGCUAUCGACAUCAGACAUUGAUCAUGCACUCAAAGUUAAAAAUAUCGAGCCACUGUAUGGAUUCUCUGCACAUGAUAACAUUCCUUUCCGAUUUGCUUCUGGUGGUGGUCGAGAACUACAUUUUAUUGAAGAGAAAGAACUGGACUUGAAUGACUUGAUCAAUACUCCAUUACCAAAACUGCCACUAGAUGUCUCAUUAAGAGCACAUUGGUUAUGUAUUGACGGUGUGCAACCAACCAUACCAGAAAAUCCUCCACCAGUUUCAAAGGAGCAACAGAAAUUGGAGAGUAUUGAUCCUGUGACCAAGUUGAAUAAAACAGCGAAGGAGAAAGGAGAAGCAGCUGGUAAACCUACAACAGGGAAAAUGCACAAGUUACGCAACGUGGAAACGGUGCAUGUUAAGCAGUUGGCCACACACGAGCUGUCCGUGGAACAGCAGCUUUACUACAAAGAAAUUACCGAGGCAUGUGUCGGAUCAGACGAAGCUCGCAGAGCGGAAGCUCUGCAGAGCUUGGCAUCAGACCCUGGUCUCCACGAGAUGUUACCUCGUAUGUGCACUUUCAUAGCGGAGGGCGUGAAGGUGAAUGUAGUGCAGAAUAACCUUGCUCUUCUUAUUUACCUCAUGAGGAUGGUGAAGGCUCUCCUUGACAACCAGUCACUCUACCUGGAAAAGUAUUUGCACGAGUUGAUCCCAUCAGUGGCGACGUGCAUCGUAAGCAAACAGUUGUGUAUGAGGCCUGAGCUAGAUAAUCACUGGGCAUUGCGUGAUUUCGCAUCUCGCCUCAUGGCGCAGAUUUGCAAGAACUUCAACACGUCUACAAAUAAUGUUCAGACGAGGGUGACUCGCAUGUUUAGUCAAGCAUUGCGUGAUGAGAAGAUGCAGUUGGCUUCACUUUACGGUGCCAUAGAAGGAUUGUCUGAGUUGGGUACGGAGGUUGUGAAGGUGUUCAUAUUGCCAAGGGUAAAACAUGUGGCAGAUCGUAUAGAGAAUGCCACAGAGGGUCCUAUAUUGAGCAAUAUUGAUAAGAUUGCUGCAGGUCACAUCAAGCAUCUUCUUGUGAAAGUGUUGUCUCCCCUUCUGAAGACCCUUCGACAACCACCAGAUUAUGUGGAGGAAUACCGAAAUGAAUUUGGUUACCUGGGUCCCGCGUUGCACACAGCAGUGUUGAAGGCUCGCGCUCAGCCGGCUAACCCAGCGGCCUCUGCCGUUGGCACCACUAAUGCUACUGCCACGGCAACACCAGCACCCCCUACAAUAGCAGCACCAACACCGCGAGGUCUGCCAAGUCAGACUGGCAUUGUACAGACAGGUUCAUCCCAACCAGGAAGUGGAAGAACAAUCAUGAUGGGUGGUGCUGGAGCACCAAGACCUGUUGUUGGUAGCAGUAAUGCAUCAAAGUAUGUUAUCGUAACAUCUCGUCCGACCACUCCAAGCCAAGAGUCCAUAGUUCGGUUGCCUGUGCAGGCCCUGCAGCCAUCACCUGUCCCAACGAGUAAUAGUUCGACAGUUGUAAAGUUUGUGACUGCAUCGCAACCAGUCGCAACACAGAAAAUUGUCCAGGCAACGGCCUCCAACCAACAGAUGACGAAGCUGGUCGUAGUAUGCAUGGCGAACUCUGGAAGCUCCACGUGCACAACUCAGGCAGUAACCAAUGCAGGGUCAAAUUUAGGAGUAAAAUCUGUUUUUGUAACACAGCAGCAAGUCAAAAUAGAGUCUGGAACAGAAGAGCAGUGACGACAUCUCAUCAAAGAGGUCAUGAAGCCCAUAUACGCAUCUGGUGUGGCGUCUGGUUUCUGCAGACACUGGGUCUGCCAGUGACACCACCUUUAGAGGCAGGAAUUGAAAUUGUACGUUUGAUCCGCCCACUUGUUCGUCAUCCCAUUCGCUGUGACCCGCGGGAUCUCGAGGAGCGGGGAAAGUGCGAGCAAUAAAGUUUACUUGCGUACAAUGCAA